ACAAGGGGCGGUUCUUCCCCUUAUAUCUUUCCCUCUCCAUCUCCGCCUCCAAUGUCGCUCCUUUACUCUUAUUACAGUGCUCUUUUCUUAUUGCCUGCGCCUAGGAAUAUUGGAUCCGUGCGCUAUAGAUGCGACCUGGACCAGUGACAAGCAUCUCUUCCCGCAGGAUGCCUUCACGGACACCCGCGACACUCUCCUCACUGUCCUCCACCUCCUCCUCCUCCAGCAGCGCAUGAUCGAUACUGUCGCCGUGUUCUGCUUAUCGAGCGCUGCGAGAUGCCCGACUCAGCAUAACCCGCUGCAAUGUAACCGAUCAGCGCAUUUAUUCAGAAAGUCAAAACAAUUACGCGGAUUAAAAUGCCCCAGGACGGGAUGAAGAAAAGGCGAUAAGUAUGAAGCUCGGUGGCCAUGUCUAAGGUUGCAGUAAAGAAGCUGCACUGGCGGUCCAAAGUGCAGGAGAACUUCGUCCCACUGGUCGGCUCUGGAGAGUUGGGGAUAGCCAUCGGGGGCGGGGCCGAUUAUGGAGAAUUCCCAUUCGUCACGGCUGCACCAGGGGGCGGGAUCACAGUUGGCGAUAUCAUCUUAGAAAUUGGAGGGACUCCUGUUUUGGGCCUGACUUUAGGAGAUGUGCGUGGACUUCUCAACUCCUGCCCUCAUCCGAUCCGCAUCAAGACUGUUUCUCCAGGCUCAACUCUAUGCAAGGAUCUGAGAUUAUACUUGAGCAAAUGUUUCACACCAGGAUCUAUGGACAGUCAGCUCCAGCAGGUGAUCCGAGAAAACCUCUACCUGAGAGCCGUGCCAUGUACAACUAGACAGCCACGAGACGGUGAGAUCUCUGGGGUCGACUAUAACUUUGUGUCAGUCGAAGAGUUCUUCUCUCUGGAGGAGUCGGGGGCGCUGUUGGAGAGCGGAAAGUUCAAAGAAAAAAAGAACGGCUUCGAAUCACUUGAGGGAAAUUACUACGGGACUCCUCGUCCGGUUCACAUUGGCCCUGACAGCCCUCCCAUCAGCUACCAGGAGCACCGCAACCUGCUAAGAAACUUCCGCACUCGCAGUAAAUCACUCAGCAACCUGGAGAAAGCAGGAGAGGAAGGCGACAACAGUGAGGAGGACUCAGGUCUAUCAGGUGGUUCAGCCGGGGCGAGCAGUGUCCCCGUCCACACGUCAUCCCCCAGCCAAUCACGAAACUUAAGAGGUGGAAACACCAGUGCCUUGGAGAAUGGGCUCGGACCCCGUAGAGGAGCACGGGUGAGAGGGUCGGAAAACUGGGAGAUGAUGUACAGUGACUCAGGGAAUGCCUAUUACAAAGACCAUCAUCUAAAGCCAUCGUCCUCGUCCUGGCUCAAUCGCAGAGCUCACAGCAGAGACAAUGUCUGUAUGCCCGAAUACAUUUCACAUUCAUGCAUUUGGCAGUCACUUACAGACUUACAGUCACAAUGUGUUCAAGUAGCAGAGUUUACGGACCAGCCGAGUGAACUGAGAGGUUUCUCCGUCCACACUCGUCUAGUUAAAGGCGCACGGGGCUUCGGUUUCAAUAUAGUGGGAGGCAGCAGAAGGAGAGAGUUCCUGCAGAUCUACAGCAUCACUCCCGGAGGACCUUCAACCCUGAACACAGCUGACAUCCUAGUCUACAUCAAUGAUACCUGUGUGCUCGGCUACUCUCACAAAGAUGUAGUAGAAAUGCUAAAAGCCAUCCCUAUUGGUCAUACUGUGGACAUCAUGGUCCGAAGAGGUUACCCCAUGCUCUACAACUCAGAAGGUUGUCCUAAGAUGUCCAAUCCAAGGCUGACUGCAUCCCAAAACCAGUCACCACAUCUACCUCCACCAACCACCACCCAACCGCAGGCCCAGGCUCCUCUCCCAUAUGCACAGCUCCACCUCAACCACAACAGCCCCCCGUGGGCUGACUUUGACAGGGGGUCUUCGAGGAAUCUCAGAGUGCGAGCUUCAAGGUUUAGUCUGGAUGCUAAUGGAAAUUCACCUCCAUUUGCUUCACCUCCAAGACCUCCGUCAUCGUACCAGGGCUCCAACGGGUAUGGGAGUGGGUUUUUGAGACCGCCACGCACUGCGAGAAGCAUACGGAGGUUGCAGAGCGCAGAACUGGCCAGCCAAAGUGACAGUGAGGUGGUGUCUGCAAUCGGAUCCCACAGGGCCUCGUUUAUCCGUAACCACAACAACAACUCUCUCUCCACUCCGCCACCUCUCCGCCUGCACUCCUUCAAAUCUUCAGAGAGUGACCUUUCCUCAAGUACUCCACCGCCCAUAUCUCGAUUACCUCUACCCCACACUGAACUAAGCCCAGGUCCUGUCUCCUUUUCCCCUGGAGGUGGAAGACGCUACUCGCAUUUACGUAAACCUCAGAAUUCAAUGCUAACCCCACCAAGCAGCGUCCAUUCUGACGGGCCUUACUUCACCUUCAACGGGACGGCCAGCGCCAGCAGCGGCAGCCCAAACAGCAGCAUUCCUUCACCCGGAGCCCUGAGUGCCGUCAUAGGCAGUGGUGUUGGAGGAAUGGCGGCAGGUGGAGAAUUGGUUCCUGUUGCGUUGGCUAAAUGCGAGAGGGGCAGCAAUAUGGGGUUCAGUGUGACGGCGGGAGGGCACGGAGGCAGACAGACCCUUGUGAAGAAAGUCUGGGACCACAGACAGUGUAAUGGGCUGCAGUCUGGAGAUGCUGUUGUGAAGAUCAAUGGAGCUGAUGUACAGAGUCUCAGCUUUGCACAGGUCCAAAGGAUUUUGCAAGAACACACUAAAAAAGGAGAGGUUAUUCUGCUGGUUUACAGGGGCCCCUCAAACUAUUCCAAUUCGCCUAGUUCUGUGCGAAGACUAACUCCUCCCCCUCCACGCUCUGCUUCCGACUCUGAAGUUCCUUUUACCGACUCCAUGCCAUUAUCUCGUAACUCUCUGACCCCGCCAUCUCCAGCGCUGGUGCGCUCUUCAUUGGUCCAGAGCACCAGCUUUCUGGAUUCAGUACCUGUCACUCUCACACUGGAGCCACGUGAUUGGAUGAGCUCAGAGGAUGGAGGGACGGUGCUCAGUCCCAGAGUGAAAACAGAGGAGAAAGAGCAGCCCCCGGCGCUGCGGGGCUAUGAGGUGGAGCUGAAGAGGAAACCAGGUGAAGGAUUUGGAUUCGUUAUCGCCUCUCAGGAUGUGGAAAAUGUCAAAGCGGUGUCUCUGCUGCCGCACAGGUUUGUGACGGUGCGCAGAGGAAGCCCAGCGGCACGCAGCGGUCAGAUCAGGCCUGGCGAUCGCCUGGAAGCUGUGGACGGCAGAUCAGUGGUCAAUUUACCUCACAGGGAGCUGGCUCAGAUCCUGAGGAGAGCUGGAAACACUCUCCGCUUGACCAUCGUACCUCGCGCCAGUGCUCAUUCCUCAGAGCGAGCAGAUUAUGACCCUGAUUAUAAGAACAGGAAAACUCACAAGUCAAAACCAAAGCAGGAUGCCACGCGGUACUACAGUGUGGAACUGGAGCGGGGUCCCACUGGAUUCGGCUUUAGUCUGAGAGGAGGAAGUGAAUACAACAUGGGCCUAUAUGUGCUGGGACUGAUGGAGGGAGGACCGGCCUCACGCAGCCACAAAAUACAGGUGAGUGAUCAGUUGGUGGAGAUCAACGGAGACAGUGCAGCAGGAAUGACACACAGUCAGGCAGUGGAGCAGAUCAGGACUGGAGGAAGCAGGAUUCACCUAGUCUUCAAAAGAGGAAACGGAUACGUUCCUGACUACGACCGUGAUCACAUCACAGCCGUCUCCUCCUCACCCCAGCCCCUUCAGUCGAAUUUGGCUGCAGUGAGCCACCACCGGCCUCAACGGGACGCCACAUCCAGCCUUCAAAAACCAGAGAAGACCAACCGAGGGUGGAAAGAACCGAGGGAGAGGAGUGACGGAGGAGACCGCGAGAGCCCUGCAAGACUCAAGGGUGACCGUCAGGGCAGAAGGCGAAGGUCAAGAGAUGAUGAAAGGAGACGAAGGUCAUACAGCUUGCCUAGAAACACACCAAGAAGACACAGCGAUGAAAGCAUGAAGGUUGAAAAGGUUGAAAGAAAUGGGAGAGAGAUGGAAAAAGGUAACAAGAGGAGCGUGGACAGGCCAAAACGUAGCAAGAGUGAGGAGAGGGUGAGAGAAAGAAAGAGAGAAGGAGAUGAGAGUAAGAACACACAAACCAUCAAUAAACACAGACUUCCUCAGCCCAAACUGCAGUGGGAGGAAAAUGAGGAGGAGGAGGAGGAGUGGGAUGGAGAGACUGAGCAAGAGUGGACAAGAGAGAGAGAAAGGCUAAAAGACAAAAAACGGGAGAGGGAGGAGAUAGCGUCUCUUGAUUCAGAGAGCGACGGGGAAUUAGAAAGCGAAAAUGAGAGUAAGAUGAAUGUGGAAGUGCUUGAGUGGGAGACGAACAAAAAAACCCAUCAAGACAUUUCUGAGGAAUUGAACAGAGAGCAAGAUACAAGUUUCCAUAAGCGCUUGCCUUAUUUGGGCAUUCGUGUACUUCCUCCAGACACUCAGUCCCGCCCUCUUAGACGCAUUUCUGGCCACUCAUUGGAGGAGCCCGUAGGGAAGAAUGAAUUCAAUAGGACGCCGUUUGCUUUCCUUACAACUGAGCAGUCUGAUUACGCAGAGUCGGAGUCAGGAGCCAGUGUGUCUGAGUGUAGCAUAUCGGCAGCCAGUAUCUCUGGUCUAUCAGUGUAUAUGACAGAAAGGUGUCAUUUAAAUAGCAAACACAAUUCCCAGGAGCCCUUACUUCCAGGCCUGUGGUUAAAACCGAGCUUGGAGAGACUCAUUAGAGAGGGUAAGGAGAUCAGGAUGAUGGGGAAAGGUGGAGGAACAGAAUGUUGAUUUAUUGUCUUUUGCUAAGGUCUCUUACGCUGGUGAAUUUGCUCAUAUUUAGGUUUAACGUUGCAAUAAAGCCAAAAGUGGCAAGGGAUAGUUUAUUGUGUAUUGUAACACACUUCUAAAUGAAUUAGAUAAAUUUAAACUACUUUUAAAUUAAAUUAAAUGAGCUAAAACAACACAAUUCUUGAGAUUUUAUUGGGACAAAUACAUUUUUUAUGUUCAAUGCACAUACAUUUGUUAAACCUGUUAAGCUAAUCCUUUUGUGUUGGGACAAAAUAGAAAAAUAAAAUGCAAAAUGCAUUCAAUUAAAAUGUUACUUUCAAAUAAAAAAACAACAUUCUAAACUGUAAAGUGAAUGUAUUUUCAUCAAAUAAGUCUUUUUAAAGCAAAUAGCAAUUAAAUGUCUUUUGACGCCAAACUUUUAAACAGUAUUCAAUAGUUCAUGUUCAAAACAUUGAACUCUGAAUGAUUUUUGCAAUAUUGUGCUUGUCUCCUUGAAACACGUCCUAUCUCUGCUAAAUUCAUUUUCGAAGGAAGGAUCUACUUCUUUUGGAAAUAGGCACAUUUUACAGGUUAAACAGUUGAGUUUAGCCUUUUUUUUACCCAUUCAGCUGAUCUCUAGUCCUGGUGGGAGCACAUUUAGCUUAGCAUAAAUCAUUGAAUUGGAUUAGACCAUUAGCAUCUCAUUUUACUAUUUUUUUAGUACAUGAUUUAACUACAGAAUAAUCACACCUUAAAUAGGAAAAUACUAUAAACUCUUUAAAAAAUUUUUAACUAGAUGGUAAUUGUAUAAUAUGAUACAAUGAUUUAUGCUAAGCUAAGCUAAAAUUGCUCAAAAUGAAUUAAUUGUGUGAAACAAUGCAUUUUUUAUUUUGUACAGAGCAAAAAAUCCACAAUUACACACAAAUUGAGUUGGGACAAGAUGAAUUAAUUGAGUUAACUUAUUAGUUUUUAAUUAAUAAAUGAAUUAUUAUUUAAGUAGGUUGAAUAUUAAACAGUUAAGCUGUCCCCCAAAAAACUCAAAAACUGUGUUGUUUUGGCUCAUUUUAAAUAAGUAGUUUGACCAAACAGCAAAAGCAACAUUUUUUAUAGGACCACAGAACCAGCCAUAGGGGUCUUUUUUUCUAAUUUGAGAUUACAUUAUCUAUAGGCUGAAUUAAUAAGCUUUCCAUUGAUGUGUGGUUUGUUAGGACUGGUCAUCAUUUGGCUGAGAUACAAUACAACUAUUUGACAAUCUGGAAUCUGAGGGUUCAAACAAAUGAAAUUACUGAGACAAUUGGCUUUCAGUUGUAUAUUGCGAUUUAAAACUAGAUCUGUGGUUUUGUGGCUGUCCUACAAAGUCAGUGUGCUGAAUCGUUCACAUGCUGCAUCCUUGUACUCAUGACGCAGAGUUCUCGGGUAUCAGUCCUGUGAAUACUUAAGUGGGUGGCUUUUUUGACUUUAGCAGUAAGCAGUUUAAAUGCAUUUACAUUUAUACAUCAAGCAGGGGCUUAUGCAACCAGACUUGCAAAAGAGGAAAAUAACAAGCAGUUCGUGCCAACAGUUUCAUAGUACACAAUGCCAAGAUGCCAAGUUUCAAGUAGAAGUCUGUUUAGUGCACAACCAUCUAGAACAAGUUACCAACUGCAAAGAAUUCACAAAAAGCAUUAUAGUUUUGUUUUGCACAAGCAAACACCAUUUACAGGAAAGAAGUAUAUAAAUAUAUUCUCUCCCACUCCAGCUUGCUCUCUCAGGCAUACAGUAUCUCUCCCCUCUUCCACUUUGUCCACUACAAAGAAAGUCUGCAGUUAUCAACACAACAUCUUUAUUUUUGCACCAGACUGUUUGUACAGAAUGAACUCAUAUGCAACAAAAUGAUUGUGUGUGUUGGGUCAAUUAUUUUCUUUAAUGUUAUAGCAAAAGUAAGGUUCUUACCUGUAGCCCAGAUGUUCUUUUUUUCUAUUCAGAACCAAGUUUGGAGUCACUUUAAUCUUAAACAAUGCUCCAUGUCAACCAGAGAAAGUCUAUCAUUUUAUUAGCUACAGAUCAAAUGCUGAAUGAUGAUUAUUAUGUGCUACUGUUCAAAAGUUUGAGGUGAGAAAAAGAAUGUAUAAAAACCAUGAAAAACGGUAGAUAACAACAACUGUUACAGCAUUUAAACACUGUAAAACCCAACACUCAACAUUUGUAUAUGAAAUGAGUGUAGUUCAUUCAAAAUUGACUUAAUUCUACACAUUUAAGAACUCAGUGUUGAAGGUAAUGAGUUUAUUAAAUACCUUAUUACUUUAACUCAAAUGGAGUAAGUUCACAGUACUCAUAUAGAUUUUUUUUAACUCUAAUGGUUUAAGUUGCCUUAACUUAUUGGGUUUUACAGUACUCGAUAGGUUUGAGGUUUGUUCUUCAAGUUCAAGUUCAAGUCAACUUUAUUGUCAAUCAAACCAUGCAACAGUACAUUACACAGAAGACUGAAAUUGUGUUUCUUCCAUACUCCAAUGUGCAAUUUAAAACAAAAAAUAUGACACACACUAGACAUAAACUAAACAUUUAACUAAUACAGUACAAGAGAAAUUUAAUAAAUAGACACUAAUAAACUGUGAACAAUUACCAGAUAUUCUAUUGUUCCAGAAUAUGACCAUUUAUUGGGUUUUACUGUGCUCAAAUUGCUUCAUUUACUCAAAAAGAUUAAGUUCACAGUACUCAUUAGGAUUAGUUUUUGAUUUUAAAUGGUUUGUUGCAAUCAGUUUCCUCAAAUGAUUUGAGUUACUUUACAGUAAUAUACAGUAAUUUAAACAUAAAAAAUGUUUCCUGAGCCCAAAAUUAGCAUAUUAUAGUCAUUUCUGGUAGAUUAUAGGAAACUACAGACAAAAUUAACGGCUGUUGAAUUGGUUUUGUCAUUACUAAAAUACAUUAAAAUGUUAAUAUGUUCAAAUUAAUAAAACAACAUUCAAAAUUGUAAUAUAUGAGUGUAUUUUCAUCAAAUAAGUAUUUUUGAGUAAAUAGCAAUUAAAUGUCUUUAAACAGCAAACUUUUGAACAGUAUUCAAUAGUUCAUGUUUGAAACAUUGAACAUUGAAGGAUUUUGCAAUACCUAUUGUGCUUGUCCUCUUGAAACAGGCCCUAUCUUUGCUAAAUUAAUUUUUAAAGGAACGCUCUACUUUUGGAAAUAGGCACAUUUUAGAGGUCCUCUGGAGUUGAAUAGUUGAGUUUAGCCAAUUUUGAACCCAUUCAGCGGAUCUCUAGUCCUAGCGGGAGCACAUUUAGCUUAGCGUAGCAUAAAUCGUGGAAUUGGAUAAGAGCAUAAGAGCAUCACUUUAAAAAAAUAAAGAGGUUUUUGAAACUUUUAAUAUUCUAUUGGACUUAGUACAUAAUGUAAAUACAAAAUAAUCACACUUUAAAUAGGAAAAUUCUAUAAACCUUUUAUUUAUUUAUUUAUUUUUUUAAUGAAAUGCUAACUUCUUAAUCCAAUUCAAUGAAUUAUGCUAAGUAAGCUUAAAGUGCUUCUGCCAGCCCCAAAGAUUGGCUGAAUGGAUUUAAAAAUAGUCAAGCUCAGCUAUUUAACUCUAAUAUGAGCCUACUUCCCCCAAAAAGUGGAGCAUUCCUUUGAGGGGUGAUUGCCUAGGUAAACCUUCUUGUGAAUGACGUGUCUACAUGUUAACUGUUAAAAGGCCAUAAACUGUAUUUGCCAUAUUUCUCUAAGAGCAUCCCGUACAAAGUAUAGAUAGAUGAUUAUUUGCUGUGCCCUCUGGGUCUCUGAUAUCUCAGGGAACAGAUAUGUAAAUAUAAUUUUAUUUAUGUAUUUAUUUUUGGAGCAAGCCCUAUACAGUAAAUACCCUCAAAGUAGCUCCUGUUGUUGCCUUGCAAACAAAAGUCUUCUCUUGUCUGCUGACCUUGGCCUCUGUGAUCUCAAUACUUUUUUUGCUAUUUACAGUGAAAAGUCUACUGUAUUCCCCUUGAAUCAUUUCCUCCAGCUUUGAAUAACACUCGGAUUGACUCCAAAUAACUGACGGAGAUGCAGUAUGUAUUCAUUUCAGAUGCAGUAUCUGUUAAACUCUGACGUGAAUCUCUAUGAAAUAUGAAUAGUAAUCAAUAAAAAAGACAAUGACAGAAGUUGUGUCUGUCAACCAAAUAAAAAAGAGAGACCAUUGUGCAGAAUGUUGGUACCGAUGAGUUGAAGUUUGCAAUAUUAUGAGGCUUAGCGCCAAGCCUGCAAAACCUCUUUAGUUUAAUGCACCCAGGGUUUUUUCUCUUUAUCUUUAUUGAUGAAUUAGUAAGAGAGAGGUUGACUGUAUUAUGCUCUUGUUAACUGUAGCUUAACUAAAUAUACUGAUAUUUUAGCAUUAACCUCACAAAAAACUGUGCCUACUACUGUAUUUAUCAGUUGUGUUCCUCCAUUCAAUUAAGUUCAAGUCAUCAAAUGCAAAACAUCACCUAAUAUUGUCCAUCCUGUGUGUUCUACUCUUGUAUGCACAUUUAAACUAUGCAUAAGACGAUGCCAUUUAGAAUAAUUGGGAAAGCAGUGUAAACCUGUGCACCCCAGCAGGUCUGGGAUCAGCGUGUUGAAGUCAGUCGGGUGUUGGUGGUCCGCAUAUUUUGAAACAUAUCGUAAUAUUCAGAGUAUGAGCCAAUGCCACAUAAGCUUCACUAACAUCUCUGUAUUAAGUACACGUGCAGUCUGAAGGGCCCAUUUUAGAGUCUCUCGAUGUCCAUACUAAUGUCUAUGGCCAUAUGUACCAAUUGUAAAUACAUAUAAAUAUAUAAUUAUAGUUCUAUAUAUACAUAUGAUAUUAUGUUUCUAUUAUGAUUAUAUUGUUAUAAUCCAUUGUAACCCAAAUGCAGGUAACAAAUUAUAUUAAAGAGUUAUAUUAAACAGUUAUGUAUCUACCUGA